AGAAAAAAAAAACCCAGAAAAAAAAUAAUAAGAAAAUUAAGAAAGAAACAAGAGAAACAGUAAAAGGACCAACAUCAAGGGUGGUGGCCACUCGUCACUUGUCACAGGCCACAAGAGGAGAAGGAAAGCAAAACCAACGUGGCGGUGAGGAAGAUAAACAGUGAGUGCCUUUCUCUCGCAAUUUUCCACCACAACAAGGGGCCUGGCGGGUGUCACUCCACCUGUACACGACCCGAGGACACUGGACAAGAGGCGGCGGUGCUCAUGACCCUCUCUGGCAACUGCAACGCGAGCAGCAGCAGAAGGAGCAGCAGGAGCAGAAGGAGGAGCAGGAGCAGGAGUACCACCAACAGCAGCAGCAGCAGGAGAUGUUACAGAGAAGAGAGGCGCGUCAGUCAGCGGCGUAGCGGUGGUGUUGCAUUGCGUGGUGUUGCGGGCCGCGCAGAGAGGGUGUCGAGGCGCGGCGAGGUGUGGGCAUCCUCAGGGGGUGGUGAGGAAACUCGUGUUAGUGAUUGAUGACCCAAAGUGUUGCGUGUGCGAUAGUCGAGGCGCCGCAGACACGCAGUAGGAGAGGCUGGGCGUGCUGAUGAGCGUGUGGGUGGUGUGUGUCUUGGCCGCCGCGCGUCCAUGGUGAUAAGACGGCGCCGCGCUGCUCGCCUCGACGACGAGCGCAGUUGACGGCUUGUGCGGGCGGCGAGGCGGAGGCAGCAAGCAGGGCGGCGUCAGCAGGAGGCAUGGAGCUGGUGACGGGGCGGGGCGGGGCGCGGCGUGGACGGGCGGUGGUGGGGCUGGAUGUGGUGAGCCACACGCUGCCCCGCUCUUACCGCGCCCCCGCCAGCCGCCCCUGCUGCCCGCCGCCCGCCACCCCGCCACCCGUCCAGCCCAGGGACGACAUGUGCAGCGAGCCAGGCUGCCCCGGCUGCCACCCCGACCUGUGCUCCGGGGACCCCAACCUCCACUGUAGCGCCUUCUCGCCCUACUCCGCCCACCAGCGCCCCGCGACGCCUCCUGGGGACUGGGGGGAGGAAGAUGUGGGGGAAUGCCUCUCCUGUAGUUACGCGGCGCCGCCCCCCUGUGCCUGCCCCGACCCCAGCUGCCGGGGCACCAGCGAGCCGCCCCCGCCCUGCCCUUGGGACUACUGCCCGCCCCGCCAGGAGGCCCCGGUCCACUCCCACGCCGCCCACGAGGUUCACCCCACCCAUGACCUGUACAGGGGGCGGGCCUCCUCAGACUGUUCGCAGCUCCCAAAGUUACUGAGCUUGGAGGAGAGACUCAGCACCGCCCUGGGUCGCCCGCCGGACACCCACACCCACGCCCACGCCCACCCUUGCAACAACUCCCGCCUCAGCCUCAGCAGUUACACGCACCACGCUCCCCCAUACGCCCAUCACAACCACGUCUACGCCCACGAGGUUCCUCCGGCGGGGUCACGUCUCAGCAGGAGCCUAGAGGACCUGCCUAAGGACAUCAAGGACCAUAUCCUGCGCUGCCAGUGUUCCUGUGACCACAUGGGAUACGGGAACUAUUCGAGCACCUCACUGCACCGCAUCCCUGGACUCAGCAACGGGUGUUCCUCGCUCAGCACCAAGAACAGCAGCCGCGAGGACGUGUCUCAGGACCUCACGCAGCUCAGCGACUCACACAAAGCUGGAUGGCUAGGGUUGGAGGUGCCAGCUCAUGUGUGGGGUGGCGUGUGUCUGGUGCUGGUGCUGGCGGGCGUGGCGGGCGUGGGCGUGUCCGUGCCCCUCACCCUGCGUGCUGACCCCAAUGCUGACCAGCUGGAGAGGUUCAGCGCCGCCGUGGAGCUGCUGAGGGACGCACCGCUUAUUGAUGGGCACAAUGAUCUGCCGUGGAACAUCAGAAAGUUCAUGCACAACAAACUUCACAGCUUCAACUUCACAGCGGAACUCCAGCAACUGAGGCCGUGGUCACGCUCCUCCUGGUCCCACACUGAUCUGCCCAGGCUGCGGCGGGGCAUGGUAGGGGCGCAGUUCUGGGUGAGUUACGUGCCGUGUGAGGCCCAGCGUUUGAAUGCCGUGCAGCUCACCAUAGAACAGAUCGACCUCAUCAAACGCCUCAUUGAGCAGUACCCAGAGGACCUGCGUUUGGCCACCUCUGCUGACGAAGUGGAGGCGGCCUUCAGGGAGGGGCGCAUUGCCAGCCUGAUCGGAGUGGAGGGCGGCCACGCUAUUCAAAACUCCUUGGGCGUGCUGAGGUCACUGAGGGACUUGGGCGUGCGCUACCUCACCCUCACCCACACCUGCAGCACGCCCUGGGCCGAGUGUGCACGUGCAAGAGAGGACGACCCCGAGGACCCCAAUUCACCAAGGGGACUCACGCACUUCGGCAGAACAGUGGUAAGGGAGAUGAACCGCCUGGGCCUGCUGGUGGACCUAUCCCACGUGUCGCAGGCCACCAUGAGGGAGGCCCUGGAGGUGUCACGCGCCCCUGUCAUCUUCAGUCACUCCUCCGUCUACGCCAUCUGCAGGAAUCCAAGAAAUGUGCCUGACGAUAUUCUGGAGCGCGUGGCUCUGAAUGGUGGCGUGGUGAUGGUGAGUUUUUACACCCAUUUCUUGACGUGCAGCGAGUCGGCGACUGUGAGCGACGUGGUGGAUCACAUUAAUCACGUGAGGAAAGUGGCGGGAGUACAACACGUGGGCAUUGGUGCUGACUUCGAUGGUGUGAACAAGCUGCCAGCGGGUUUGGAGGACGUGUCUCGGUACCCGCACCUCUUCGCCGAGCUGAUGAGUGACCCCUCGUGGACCAUUGAGGACCUGAAGAAGCUGGCGGGACAGAACCUACUGAGAGUGAUGCGGGAUGUCGAGAAGGUCCGGGAGGUGAUGGGACAGCAAGGGGUAGCGCCUCACGAGUGGGAAGUGCCGCCCUCGCAGCUCCCGUCACCCAACAACUGUUCCUACAAGUUUACGAAGCGAGGUGACGACUAGUGUAGAGAGAAGGGCCGAGUGUUCUCAAGCCAGCCCGCACACAUCCUCCACCAGGGCGAGUGUUUGCUGUGUGUAGGGAUUGGCGGCCAACAAGAGGGCGUGCUUGAAAUGAUCAGUGCCUCGUGUGUCCAGAAAUCUGGCACUGCAAGGAUCACAGUGACGCGAGGUGCAAUGUGGUGCGGUGUGUGUUGUGACGAGCACCAGGCCAGGAGACGAGGCGGAGUGGAUGGACAGGGUAGCCGUGGUGAGGUCAGAAUAUGCACGGCGGUAGUUCCACGCCUUGCUGUGCCGCGCCUCUCACAGCGCCUCGCCCUGACACGCGUGGGUGGCAGUGUUAAGCUUUAGGAACCCGAGUGUAGGGACUUGAGGAAACUGAUGAACCACAAGACUAGUUGACCUUUACUACUCACCGAUAGAAGGACAAGUUGUAUGAAUUUGUAGUAAAAUUUAGUGAUUUGACUUGAUUGCAAUAUUGACUGUUGUAAAAAAAAAACACACACAAAAAAAUGGGGGGCAAAAUAUGUAUAUGUAUAAUUACUGAUAUCGGGGCGCACUGUCAAAUGUCAGGAUCCAAAUUAUAAUUAAAAGUUGGAGGACGUA